GGGGAAGCUGGAGCGCUUCUAAAAGGCGGCCCGUCCCCGGCAGGCAGCACAACCCAGUGGAGCGGUGGGAGCUGGCCCCAGAGGCCGGGCUGGUCUCCAGGUGUCCGGACUGGGUGCUGCCGCGUGUUCCGCGCACGGGAGCUCGGUUCGGGCGCUGGACGGAGCCUGCGGGGCUUUUCCUUUGCCCGGAGCGCGGGGACCCGGUCUGCUCUGGUUGGAGGUAAAAAAACUGGGGAAGCAUGUCGCUGGCUUCCUGGUUCAGAUGGAAUGAGCCACCGAGCCGGAUUCCCCAAAGGAACCCCACAGAGAUGGUGGUGGAAACACUAAUGAUGGAACUAGGCUGGCAGAUCAAGCAGGCAGAGAAACAGCAACUAGAGAGAGAGAAUGAGUAUCGCAAGAUAAAGACGGGCGUAGACUACGGCUGGCUGGUUAGCUACCCAAAGCCUAAGCACAACUAUGACAUCAGCCCAGGGGAGCGGCUGCAGCUGGAGGACAUGUGCACCAAAAUACAUCCCACCUACUGUGGGCCAGUCCUACUCAGAUUCCAGCAACUUAUUGCUGAAUAUGAGCCAGAGGUACAGGAAGUAGCCCGGCUCUUCCGCUCUGUCCUGCAGGAAGCCACUGAGAAAAUCAAAGAGGAAGAAGAGGCCAAGAAGCUUGCGAGGCAGUGGAACACAAAGCACAAAACCAGCCUGUCCCUAAUGACAUUUAAAUCCCGGGCCAGGAUUUCCCCAUUCAGCAGCAACAUCAAGACCAUUUCAGAAGACGUGGAGCGAGGCACUGAGCCAACCAGGAGAGUAUGGAGUAUGCCGGAGUUUAGGAGUGCCAAGGAUUACUGACUUUAUUAAUAACCAGAAUGAGAUUUGAGAGAGAGCUGGUUUGGUUUUUAAAGAAUAAGUUAACCAUUAUCUAGCCAUGUGUUAUUUCACCUUCAUCCCAGUUCUCUCUCUUUCUGUCUGCCUCUGACUGUCUCUCUCUUGGGAGCUGUGGUUAUAGUGACAGAUGGUAAUGCACAUAGUCUCUGUCACCUAUCAUGCUAGCUUUAGCUAUAAUUUAGUGGUUUACAGUAACUUGAUGGUCAAUGGUCAUUUCUUAUUUCAGUUUGAUUGUUUCUGCUCUUUGGAGAACAGUUUGGUGCAUGGGGCAUUACCAUCAUCCUCCCAGCCUUCUACAUGGCUGUCUGCAAAUGCAGUGCACCCGACCACGUGAGACUUGUAGCCCCAUUGAGUUAAAUGGGAUUACUCAUGUGAGCAUGCAUCAGUAAGGCUUGCAGGAUCUGACCCACCAAGUCAGGGUCCCUGAUUUAGCUGUCUGAGACAGACAUUAAACUCUAUUAAUCUGAGCGCUAUAGAGAAGCCUCCUACAUCAACACUGAUUCCAGCAUAUUUCUACUCAGCUUGAUUGUAAAAUAAUCUGUUGCUUCAUGCGAAAUAGAUGACAAACUUCCUAGACAUAGAGGGUCACAUUUUCCAGAGCAGCCGAUUUUUGCAUAGAAUUGUGGAUGCUCAGUUUUUUGCAUGUGCAGGUCAGUCAGAUGUCUACCUACCAGCUUUGCAGACACAUGCUGUCUGCAUGCAGUAACAUGGACUCUGGCACGUGUACAUACCGCACACAUACAAGGCUGUGCGUGCACAUUUGAGGAUCCAUUAAAAGCCUCUGAGCCCCCCUUAAUUUUCAUUUUUGUUGCAAGGAGAGAUUAGGUUAUAAACCCAAGUAUUAAAACCCAACUGGAUUAAAACUGUCUCAUAUUGAGACUCCCAGGCAAUUCCAGUAAGUGCUACAGCUCAUAUUCCAGUUAAUAAGUAGAUGCAUUGAAAUGAUUGGCAAGGCUGAUUCUGAAAGCAGAUUACUGGAGUAUAUGACCAGGGGAAAAAUCAGUAUUCACAUCUAGGGAUCUUUCUAUGUCCCAGAGUGUUAGAGGUCAUUCCAACAAAUUGCUGAUGUAAUUUAUUUCCACCGUAGGGAAAGAAUGUAGGUUCAUGUCAUAAUCUUUUUGUCCUGGAUAUCAAGAGGAGAGCUUUUCUGUGUAUAACCGGUUUAUGGCCAGUGAGGCAAUCAAUCUUUUCAGGGGGGAAAAAAAUCUCACAGACUAUAGCAAAACAGAGGUUCUGAAAUUGGCCCUUUGAAGAUGCAGGAAAAUGCCAUGGUAGAUUUCUGAGUGAGGCCCAACCUGCCAUCCUUAGGGAGAACUCCAAGUGGGAGGACUGGCUCUGCUGUCUGAAAAGCCUCUGAUUCUGCAUCAGUGCUAAAUCUUAACACCUAGGGGGCUCUUCAGCCAGUGGGAAAACUCACAGGGAAGGACAUAAGGUAAAGAGUCUCCCUGCAAGCUUUGCUUAGGGCAGUUUGAUCCCAGAUCAGCAUGCUGGAAGGAGGGUUUGCCCCACUCCUAGAACCUGCUCAUCACCAGAUAUUGGCUGGAGGUGAAGCUUAUUCACACAAGGGCCCUGUGUCACUGGACUCUCCAUUCACCCGCCAGCCCACACCCUGGCAGUGGGGUUUCCUACACUGGCACAUGGCUCCAGAACUCUUUCUCUAGGGUUGGCAGCACCCUAUGGGUGCCCUGGAGAAGGUAAUGCAGUCUCAGGCUAUGUUAACUCAGGUAGCUUUACCAUGACAACGCUCAUGCCCCUUGCUCAACCUCUCCCUGUACAAAUAGACACAGAACACUCAGACAUAGGUGAGAGGUUUUUCGCAGGAGUGGUGGGUGAAAUUCUGUGGCCUGCGUUGUGCAGUAGGUCAGACUAGAUGAUCAUAAUGGUCCCUUCUGACCUAAAUAUCUAUGAAAAAAAAAAAAAAAAAAGAACCUCGGACUGCCUCCUUAGGACCCCACUGGAGCACAGGGCAGGGGGGAUGGUGAGUGGAGUGGCCCUGUGUGUAGUGGCCCUUCCAUGGAUGAGUCCUGGGGAAACAAUCCACCCAUUAGCCUAUUAGGGCUACGCCAAACUAUUGAGCAAUUUAGGGUUAAAUUUACUCUUGGCACAAACAGGCACAGCUUCAGCCAGGUCCCUAGGGUCAUGCCUGCCGACAGCAAGGGCACAUUCGGCCCUUUAGCUGGCUUUAGUCAAUCUUUGAAAGGAACAAUUGAAACAGAAACCUAAAUUUUUCCCAGAGACUAAUUUGUAUUGUGAUAAUGUUAGUACCAGAAUAGCUUGUUUUGUUCA